AUGGCCAACCCUCUCGCCGGACCCAAGUACAACAAAGCCUACGUCCUAGCCCACUGCGCAACUCGUAACUUCUACCAUACCGGUAAAGGCGUAUGGUACGAAGGUCUUCCUCCAGAUGGAUCGGACCCUAGAAUGGGUAUCAAGGGACCAGGUGCUGCUGCGUGGAAAGCCCGAAAUACAAACCAGACAGCAGAGCAAAUUGCCCAAGUCACGGGAACAAGCGCCCCGAGCAUCGCAGCACCUCCCGCCGCCACCCCUGCCUCGAUCAACCCGCCAGCAGCCCAGCCAGCGCCGCCGUCUCUCGUCGUCGUCCUGAGGCGCGUAAUGCUUGAAGCGGGCAUCGCCCGUCUCAGCGCCCCGAGCACAGCACCAGCACCCUCCCUCCCCGUCCGCCUGCCAGUCACAGCACCAGCGCCCGCCGCCCAGCCCUUCUCCUACUUCGGAGCUGGCCUUCCCUCCGCCGCGCCGCCAUCACCCACCACCACCCUCCCACCACCAACCGCACCACCAACCCGCCCCCUCUCUUCUCGCCUCGCCGCAAAGCGCGCGGCAUCACCACCACCACCACCACCACCACCAACCCCACCAAAGCGCCGCCAGCCCGCUCCCAAGCCCCGCGCGGCCAGCAACAACGACGAGGAAGCCCCUCCCGUGCGCCUCGACGACAACGGGCGGCCAUACUUGGCCAACGGGCCACGCGACGCGGUCGAGCGUCACCGACGUGGCCUCGAUAUGAGGGGUGUGGAUGUUUCUGGUGGAGCGGCCGUCGUGCGCGGCUGUCCUUACUCCGAUCUUCGGGGUUGGAGGGCUAGUUCGCCGCGGCCGUGGGAUGAGACGGCGAAGGAGAUGGCGGCCAGGCUGGCGAGGGAGGAAGAAGAUGGGGAGGAAGAGGAAGGCGAGGGUGCUGGGGGGGGCACCCUGUCGAUGAUGAUGAUGAUCUGUAUGAUUGAAGCGUUUUUGUUUUUUGGUGCGUGUUGCGGGUUGUGCUUUUGGGAGUUUGGGAAGAUACCCUGGGUUCGUUGUUGUCGCCGUACCUUUUUUUCUGUUUUCUUUAGUCUGGUAGCAUGA